AUGGCUUCAAGAUCUGUGGACGGAGAACAAUCAACUCAACUGAAGAUGAUUAUAACGCCAUGCUUUCAACCAUUGAUGUUGAACUUCUCAAACGAGCUUGGCAGAACGAGAAGGCAUGCCCUUGAGAUUCUUCCUUUUCAAUUUGAUUUAACCGCUUGUGUCAGAGAACAAAUUGAAUUUAUGGAAGAAACUAUGGAGGAAAAAUCUAUUGUUGGGAUUGACCCUCUUUCAGUGUCUUUGUAUCAAAUAGACUUGGAUAGAACCCUCGUUCUAUUUAGGUCGUAUCUUCGCAUCCGUAUCUUUAAGGUAAACAACCAUAGAAUUAGAGGUUAG